AUUUCAGUUUCGUAGAGUUUUCAUCGUGACAACUGUUAGAAGGACGUCAGACGACCAAUUUCCUGUAACACCACGCAGUCCUUUCUGGGGUCCUUCAAAAUUACGGGGUCUUCAACCUUUUCGGAACAGAAAGAAAAAAAAUUAAACCAUCCCCAUAAAAAAAGUUUAUUUUUAUUGUGAUCAUCUUCUUGGCGAUGAGAGUGAGUGUCCUCGUAGAUGUACAAAAUUCCAGGAUAACGACUCGUACCGUAAACGUACGACUUUCUUGAGACAACCCACGGGUUUAAAAGAUUUUAAGGAUACCGUCCGAUUUGAGGAAUGGGAAGGUUUGGAAAAAAAUGUCGCCUUCUAUCGAUGUUAUGGCUAACGACCGGAUAUUUUGUGGUGGAAAUUGUUGUUGGAUACGUUACGAAUUCGAUGGCUUUGGUUGCGGACAGUUUCCACAUGCUCAGCGACGUUGCGGCCUUGAUUAUUGCCUUUGUAUCCGUUAAAAUGUCUCCAAAAAAAUGGUCAAAAAAUACAUUUGGUUGGGCCAGAGCCGAAGUAUUAGGCGCCUUAGUAAACGCAGUUUUUCUCGUAGCACUUUGCUUCUCAAUAACAGUGGAAGCCUGUAAAAGAUUUAUAGAAAGGGAACCAAUUCAUAACCCUCAACUGUUAUUAAUCGUCGGAGGAGCCGGAUUAGUGGUUAAUUUAAUUGGAUUAGCUUUAUUCCAUGAACACGGUUCUUCAAAACGUCAUUCACAUUCGCCGCAUGGUUUAUCAAGAAGUCGAAAUCGUUUAACACAAUUAGCUGUAACCGAUGAUAAUGAAAACGAUGAAACUUUUCCAAGUCCACCACCUCCACAAGUGGAAUCCGUUCAAAGAAGACAUGGUCAUAGUCAUGGUAUUCACGGUCAUAGUCACGCCGGAAAUAUGAAUAUGCGCGGCGUGUUUUUACAUGUUUUAUCGGACGCGUUAGGUUCGGUGAUUGUUGUUAUUUCUGCGUUGGUCUUUUGGCUGACCGAUUGGCAGUACAAGUAUUACAUAGAUCCGGCGCUUAGUAUAGUCUUGGUGAUACUCAUUCUAAAUUCAGUUUGGCCCCUUUUGAAGGAUUCGGCGCUUAUUUUGCUACAAACGGUUCCUACGCACAUUCAAGUCGAUGACAUACAAAGGAGGUUAUUGGCGAAAGUCGAUGGGGUACUCGCUGUACAUGAAUUUCAUGUGUGGCAGUUAGCUGGUGAUAGAAUUAUAGCGUCCGCACAUAUACGAUGUCGAAAUUUGAGUGAAUAUAUGAAGAUAGCAGGAAAAGUAAAAGAAUUCUUUCACAAUGAAGGAAUACAUUCGACAACAAUUCAACCGGAAUUUGUUGAUUACGCCGAUUAUCCGCCAAAUUCCGAUGAUGGGGAACAAACGGACGAUUGCAUCUUGGAUUGCCCCCAAACUGUUAGUGAUUCUUGUAUAAUGAAUACUUGUUGUGGGCCGUCGAAAGAGGGUAAAGAUAGUCCUUCUCCGGGAGAUACUCCAUACUUAUGUAGACAACGUACAAAUACAACGGCAAGUAAUAAUCGUGCUCAAGAGAUAAACGCGAUGGAAAAUGGGGCUCUUCUUCACGAAGGUUCUGCGUUAUCGCAAACUGACUGUUGUUGUGAAACGCGCGGUUGCGAAUGUGGAAAUGGGGCCGCGGUUGGUCAGGAGUCGUGCGUUUGACACUGGCCACACCUUAGAACCCUUCGUUAAGUUCCCAACUUUUUUUUAACACAAUAAGAAAUUUGUUGAAUAUGUAAAAAUUUUAUUUAUACCGCGACAAAAUGGGUCAAGCACCAAGUAAGAUUAUUUUUUCUUUUAUUUCUUUUUAAUCUAGUCUUACAAAAACAUUAUAUAAAAAUUGUACAUU